GCCUGUGUGCGACACUCCGGCUCCGUAGCAGAAAAAGGUGAGUGAGCUGCAGAGUGACUGGCGAGCAUAGUCCGGAGAGCGCGGACACACCGGCCACACUGCGCCGAGCUACGGACCGGAGGUGAAUAUAUUCUGUAGAUUGACCCCUGCAGAAUGGGGCUCCGGACGUGGACGCUAUGCGCACUCCUCUCGGUUUUUCUAGUAAUCCUGCUGCCCUCCCAGACAGGGUCUGUGGCUGUCAUGUCUGUGGAUAUGGGAUUUGAAUGGAUGAAAAUUGCAAUUGUGAAACCCGGGGUUCCAAUGGAAAUUGUUUUAAACAAGGAGUCGAGAAGAAAAACACCUUGUGCUGUAACUUUAAAAGAGAAUGAGCGUCUCUUUGGGGAUAGUGCUGUUGGGAUGGCAGCUAAAAACCCCAAGGCGACCUUUCGGUUCUUCCAGGACUUGUUAGGAAAACGUGCAGAGAACCCACAGGUUGAGGCUUUUAAAAACCAAUUCCCCGAUUACAAUGUUGUUAAAGAUGAAGAUCGGGGCACAGUGCUCUUCAAGCUUUCAGAGGAACUGACUUAUUCCCCAGAAGAACUGCUAGCCAUGAUCCUAAACUACUCCAGAUCACUAGCUGAAGAAUUUGCAGAGCAACCAGUAAAAGAUAUAGUGAUCACUGUCCCGGCCUACUUCAAUCAGGCAGAACGCAGAGCUGUUCUCCAAGCUGCCAAGCUAGCUGGUCUCAAGGUGCUCCAACUUAUAAAUGAUAACACUGCAGUGGCUCUGAAUUAUGGCGUUUUCCGAAGGAAAGAUAUAAACUCAACGGCUCAGAAUAUUAUGUUUUAUGAUAUGGGAUCAAGGAGUACAACAUGCACUAUCGUGACUUAUCAGACAACGAAGACUAAAGAGUCAGGCAUUCAGCCACAGCUUCAAAUUCGAGGUGUUUGGUUUGACCGUUCUCUUGGUGGCUUUGAAAUAGACCUGAGGCUUCGAGACCACUUGGCCAAGCUUUUUAAUGAACAAAGGAAAUCCAAAAAGGAUGUUCGAGAGAAUCCCAGGGCAAUGGCUAAGUUACUAAAGGAGGCAAAUCGUGUGAAGACCAUCUUGAGUGCCAACAAUGAUCACAUGGCACAGAUUGAAGGACUUAUGGAUGAUAUUGACUUUAAAGCCAAAGUAACUCGACAGGAACUAGAAGAUCUUUGUGUGGAUCUCUUGGAAAGAGUUUCUUCUCCUGUGCAGAAAGCUUUGAGUAGUGCUGAGAUGAACAUGGAUGAAAUUGAUCAGGUCAUUAUAGUGGGAGGUAGCACUCGUAUCCCUAAAGUUCAAGAGCUGCUCCUUAAGGCUGUGGGCAAGGAGGAGCUGGGAAAGAACAUAAAUGCAGAUGAAGCUGCUGCAAUGGGAGCUGUCUAUCAGGCAGCUGCUCUGAGUAAAGCAUUUAAAGUGAAGCCAUUUGUAGUCAGAGAUGCUGCUGUUUUUCCAAUACAGGUGGAGUUUACUCGCGAAGUGGAGGAAGAAAAUGUAAAAAGCUUAAAGCACAACAAGAGAAUUCUCUUCCAGAGGCUGGCACCCUACCCACAGCGCAAAGUGAUCACCUUUAAUCGAUACACUGAUGACUUUGAAUUCAAUAUUAACUAUGGUGACCUGAGCUUCCUGGACACUGAAGAUCUUAAAAUCUUUGGAUCACAGAACCUUACUACUGUUAAACUCAGUGGAGUUGGGGAGAGUUUUCUGAAAAAGGCUGACUAUGAAUCUAAAGGUAUCAAGGCACACUUCAACAUGGAUGAAAGUGGAAUACUCAGCCUUGACAGGGUGGAAGCUGUUUUUGAGACUGUAGUAGAAGAGAAGCCUGAGCAAGAAUCAACAUUGACAAAGCUGGGAAAUACUAUUUCAAGUUUAUUUGGAGGAGGUUCAACCACAGAGAGUAAGGAGAAUGCCACAGACACUGUCCAGGAAGAAGAGGAGGUGCCUACUGAGGCCACAAAAGAGGAUGACCGGGAGUCAACAACACAAACUAGUGAGCAAAAGGAUUCAGACGCUAAAGCAGAGGACAAAAAAGCAGAAGAGCAAAAAGAGGGUGAAAAGGUAGAGGACAAGGAUACUAAGGAUAAAGAAGAAACAGCGAAAGGAGAGUCCGCAAAGACACCAGAAGAGGAGCCUAUAAAACCACCUCCUCCCAAGAAGCAGAAACUUGUUGAUGAAAUAGGAGCAGAUCAGACAAUUAAUGAUAUACCAGAUCUUGCAGAAGAACAAGUGAAGAAAUGUGUUAAAAAGUUGCAGGAGCUCACUGAACGAGACCUAGAGAAACACGAGAGAGAAAAAGCUGCAAAUAGUUUAGAAGCAUUUAUAUUUGAGACACAGGACAAACUACAACAGGAUGAGUUCCGUAAAGUGUCUACAGGAGAACAGAGAGCAGAGAUCUCAAGCAAGCUUAGCCAAGCCUCAACCUGGCUAGAAGAUGAGGGAUAUACAGCAACCACUAAGGAGCUCAAAGACAAGCUAAGUGAACUGAAGAAGUCCUGCAAGUCUUUAUUUUUCAAGGUUGAAGAGAGGAGAAAGUGGCCGGACAAACUGUCUGCCCUGGAUAGUUUGCUUAAUCACUCUUCCAUAUUUCUGAAGAGUGCCAGGAUGCUCCCAGAUGAUGAUCCCAUAUUCACAGAAGUUGAGUUAAAUACACUGGAAAAGCUCAUAAAUGACACCUGGGUAUGGAAAAAUGAAACUCUGGCAGAACAAGCAAAGUUACCUGCCACUGAAAAACCAGUCUUGUUGUCUAAAGAUAUUGAGCAAAAGCUAGCUGCGUUAGACAGGGAAAUCCAGUACCUUCUAAACAAGGCAAAAUUUUCCAAACCUAAACCUAAGCCUAAACCGAAAAGUAACACUACAAAAUCGGACAACGGCGAGAAGAAUGCAACAGAGACUGCCGAGAAAACCAUAAAAGAGGGCACACAAGCAGAGCCACCCAGUGAACCGGAGCCUGCAAAGGAGCCUCCAACGGAAGAGAAAAUGUUAGAGAUAGAAGGUUCUGAAGCAGGUAAUCCGGGGCAUGCAGAGGAAUUUUAAUGCUCUGGUCAUUGGGAGACUAUUCAGCGACGCAGAAAACUCCAGAAGAGAACCAGAAGACUGAGUUAUAACCCUGUGACAUCCUCGAUCUAUGUUGGCACUCAUAUUUAUUGACAUUACUUUUUUUGUAAUGGACCCUGAUGAUUUUGGAGAAACUGAACUUUAUUUUUGGUUGAAUUUUUUAUUUUAUUUUUUUUCUCUAAAAAAAAAAAAAAACUGUUCUUCAGAUGUAUAUUUCUGUCCUGUCAAAGCAAUGUUAGAAUUUUUGUUACCUUUGUGUGUUUGUCGUGAUUUAUUUAACUCUGGGUGUACACAGGAAGAUGUUAAAUUUCUGCUGGAAGAAUAGUCACAAUGUUUUGUGCUUUCAAGUCGUUCAGCUAACAUCAUACCUUUUAAAGAAAUGGCUAUUUAAAUUGUUCUAGCAUGGUGGGGACGGCAUAGAAGUUCACCACCGACAACCUAAUGUUAAAUGGAAUAAGAAAAAUACACAAAAAGAGAAAAAACUUUUUGAUAUAAAGACUGUCUGGGUUUUAAAAUGUUCACAUCAGAUCUACUGUAACGAGAAAAAACUGCAAAUUCUGAUAAACAUUCUGGCUGGUGCCUUCUUUUCCUCUGGUUUCACUGCCUUUUGUGGUUAUUUUUCAUACCGGAGAUGAGGUGGGAAAACUAGGGCAUUGCCUAAUUCCAAAAUUGCUUUAUGUGGAAACACAGCCUAAAAUACUUAUCGAAAUUGUUUUUGAUAGAUGCUGGAUAGUUUUUGAGUUUCUGACCACCUCUGGAUCUGUCAUACUGCUGGGAGAACCUAAACCCCUUUAGCCACUUUUCCAGAAAUGUCAAAUGCAAAACAUUUGUUAGAAGAAUGAACUUCAUGCAGCAGUUUCCCAAUAUAAUCUUAUUAUUGUAUAGAUUACCAUUGGCUCAAGGAGUAAUCUAACAAACCUGGGCAGUGCCAUACAACUCUUGGUUUUCUGCUGCUUAAUAGACUACAGGCUGAUGUUAAGUCUUGGGCCAGGUUUAGAUAGUCAAUCAUAAUGUGGCUACAUUUUAUAAUCUGCAAUACCGGGACGUUCUGCAGUUGUAUUAGGCCAAACCAAUGUCACAGGAUUUGUGGGGAUAUAUGUUUUGAUACAGACAUGAAAAUGUUGCCGCAUUAUGGCAUACAGUAGGCGGCCUUGGCCUGAAUACUCUAGAGCGGCAGUUAGUAGACUGCUGACAUUUUGUGGAAGAAGCUUCUAGCAAUUUGAUAUUUCACACAGUUCGGGGUGUUACUACAUUACUACCACCUUUAAAAGGGAAUAAAAUUCAUAGUAAUACUCUAUAUUGGUAGUAUUUUAUAUGUCCAUGUGUAGCUAGAUCAUUCUGAUGAAGAUGUAAACUGCACCUACUUAUGCUCAUUAACAGACUACGGAUUUAAUAUUAUGUCCAAUAAUACAUUCUGUUUCAAAUCUUCUUUGCAUUUGAACAGUGAAAUUCAGCUAAAUUCUAGUUCUUGGCACUUAGAUGUCACCACAUCACUUUUUUUUGUUUUUCUUGUGUGUUUGUUUUUUUCAUUGUGGCUUGUAGUGGCAUUAGUCCUUUCCAUCUUAUUCUUGUGUAAGGGUGCAUUCACACCACGUUUUGGGGAUAUGCCAGCUGGAGAAUUUAAAAUUAGCCUGCUGCCGUAUCCCUGCCAGACUCACGCUGCACCCCAUUCAUUUGAAUGAGCCGAAGUGAGUCUGAUAGUGACUCGGGUCAACUCAAAUUUUGGCAGACCACUGUUUUCAGUCUGGCAACAAAACCAUCCGGCUCAUUCAAAUUUUCUCCUCUGGAUCUGCAAAACAAAGUGGGAGAGAUUUAUCAAAACCUGUUCAGAGGGAAAAGUUGCCCAUAGCAACCAAUCAGAUCGCUUCUUUCAUUUUGAACAAGGCCUCUGCAAAAUGAAAGAAGCGAUCUGAUUACUUACUAUGGGCAACUUUUUCCCUCUGAACAGGUUUUGCUAAAUCUCCCCCAUUGUAAAUUCACGCCUUGUUGCAUGAGCAUCAAUAACCAUUGGCAGCCGUGGCAUUCAUGUAACAUGUCUUAAUGUUUAUCAGGGUACUAUGUCUGUCACACUGUGUAGCGCCAGAUCUUUCCAUGGAAUCCAUGACUUGUAUCUCUUAUUAUAACUUAUUAUGUACAUCUUUUAGAGUUGCUAUGGUUGUGGUCUGGGUGAUGAGACCCCAGCUGAUUACUAAAACAAGUGAGAAACAUGCUCAGCUGAGUGACGUUUCUCCACGCCAUCACCUUGUUGCAGGAGUUGAUUACUAUAGAAAGUCUGAGCCCAUCUCCUGCAGCGACAAGCCGGCAAGGAGAAAUCGCGUUCUUGUUUGUUUUUAGCGAUAAAUGAAGGUCUCCACAUCCAGACUCCAAAAAUGUAUCGAAUUACAUUAUAUAGAACAUCUCCAAAUCAUGUAGAGAAGCAAAAAUGCAAAACAUCCAUUUUUGUCCUUGCCAACCAGUUGCCUGCUGCCUAGAUAUAUGCCACACAGUAUUGCUGUAGAGGCCGUGUUCAGACUAUGACAGUUGUCAUACACCUCCAGAAUCCUGUCUUGGUGCCAAAAACAGGAUUGUGACUUUUUCCAAACUUUUUUUUUAUUCCUCAUCUUGACUGAUCCAAUCCUUUUUCUAAACAUCAAAAAUAUGGCUCCUUCAGAGAUGUAUUAUGGCUGUCUGAAUGCGACUUUUUCCAGUGUACUGAACUGCAGCCCAAGUCAUUUAUAGUUUCAGCCCGUCAUUUUCCUUAGUUCUAUUGUUAUACUUUCUACUUCAAAGCACAACUACAAAAAUUGUGCGGCAGGAUACGUCUUUAAAACUCCCGGCAACUCCGUAGCCCCAUGCGAAUCUUGCGGGCGUUUUCAAAAAGUGUAUCCUUCCACUUUUUUAAUGGUACGUUCACACGAGCGGACCCACAAUGUAUUUUAUCCUCCACUGAAGGACUCCUGCACGGUGGCUUUACCUGUGCCUGCUCGGCGCGGUAAUACGCCACUACGAGCAGACACACUAUGUGCGAGUCGCAGCGCGCAUGCGCAGUAUAUUCACACUUCGCAGCUGCUCUCUGCCUGGCUCAUGGAGCAAGGGGAGUGGCCGCGUUGUGUGAGAGUACACUGCGCAUGCGCGGCGACUUGCACAUCGCUUCAGCGGUUUAUUGCCGCUCUGAGCAGGCACAUGUAAAGCCACCAUGCAGAGGUCCUUCAGUGGGUCUGCUCGUGUGAACGUACCCUUAGGAGUAGUGCUGUUGGCUCUAAAUACAGUCUGAUUGUCCAAGGGCUAUUUCGAUUUCCUUUGCAAAAGUCCAUAUGAGGAACAGCACUUAAUAUAAUUGUGGAGAUAAUGUUGAUUUCCAUGGUGUAUUAUUUAUUGUGUUUUUUUCUUUUCUUUUUUUUUUUCUUUUAAUGAUGCAUUUGCCUACUUGACCACUGAUUUUACAUGUUUUGGAGUAAUAUUUUUUUUUUUUUUGUAAUCUUUCAUGCUUUCGAAAAAUCUCUGCUGCUGUUGCUCAUGUUUGUACCACAAAGCCACAAUGGUGGGUUCAGUAUACAUCAUACUUAUGCUUCAGUGGUACAUUUUGACUGCUGUUGCUGUUUGCAGUUGCAGCAAGAUGAUCCAUUGUGUAAACUGGAAUUUUUUAAUCAUGUUAACCCUGCAAUUGUAGGGUUUUUUUUUUCUUUUUUUUU